GGGCGAAUUGGUCAAAUCUUCGAGUAUGCAUUUUAUGAAAGUGCUUCAAACGACGGAUCUAUAGCGGGUAGUAUUUUCCUUACAUGUUGGCCAAUUCAGAAGCAGAGUCGAUCGGGUCAGGCUCGACUGAGAGAAUAGGGACGAGUUUUUUUCUUGGACAUGAUGGAGGUAUUCUGAUAAUGUUGUAUGGGACUGGUUUGCUUGUGCCCGGUCGAAUCGUUAUCUUGUUUGAUCGAUUCUUUUCUCUAGGUCGGCUUUUUGUGUCUCUUGUUCUGCCAUUCGCCGCUCUUAUUCGGACAUCUGUCCAUCUCCGGCAGUGAUUUGACGCAGUUGGUCAAGCUCCUCAGAUUCCAUAUCUAAGAAUGAAACC